AUGUUGAGUACGACUCGUCCCUCUUAUUCAUCAGUAGAAUGGAGGACAUGCACACAAGCAUUCAAAGACUUUGUGUGCCACAACGGACCAACAGCGUUUACAUUUGAAAUGCGACCAUCGCACGCUCCCCAUUUAACUUAUACCGUCGAAGGUAUGUUAACCUUAGAACAUGAUGCACUCAAGAUACGUACAGGGGAGGAUCACUGUUUGGACUGGGAAAAUUUGCGUACCUCCAUAAUUAGGUUUCACAUGCCGCGAAACCAAGAUUUUCUACAGGCCUUUGAAGCAGCACGAGCGCAAUUCAGUGCCGAAUGGGCAUUACUGGAGGAGACAGAGUCAUUA